AUGAAGGACAUUAUCGAUCGCAUUGCGAAGGUAGAAUUAAGACUCUCCCAGCUGGAAAAAAUUUCCGCAGCCUUUCGUAAAGAAAUAACGGGAUUGCGAAGGAAUAACAAUGUGUUGAUGGACAAAAUAAGUAAAGUUGAAGACGGCUCAAAAGGUGGCCAAGGUUAGUCUGCUAAAUUUUGUUGUUGUUUAGUCGUUUAGUCAUGUCCGACUCUUUGUGACCCCCCUGGACCAGAGCACGUCAGGCACUUCUGUCUUCCACUGCCUCCCGCAGUUUGGUCAGACUCAUGUUUGUAGCUUUGAGAACACUGUCCCACCAUCUCAUCCUCUGUCGUCCCCUUCUGCUUGUGCCCUCCAUCUUUCCCAACAUCAGGGUCUUUUCCAGGGAGUCUUCUCUUCUCAUGAGGUGGCCAAAGUCUUGGAGCCUCAGCUUCAGGAUCUGUCCUUCCAGGGAGCACUCAGGGCUGAUUUCCUUCAGAAUGGAGAGGUUUGAUCUUCUUGCAGUCCAUGGGACUCUCAAGAGUCUCCUCCAGCACCAGAAUUCAAAAGCAUCAAUUCUUCUGCGAUCAGCCUUCUUUAUGGUCCAGCUCUCACUUCCAUACAUCACUACUGGGAAAACCAAAGCUUUUACUAUACGGACCUUUGUUGGCAAGGUGAUGUCUCUACUUUUUAAGAUGCUGUCUAGGUUUGUCAUUGUCUGCUAAAUUUAUACAGGACGUUUUAAUGGGAGAUGUUGGAACAUAAAAUAUGCUGUGCUAGAUAUCAAGAGGGGUCUCCUGUUCAGUCUUUAUUGGAUGAAAUGCAGCAAGGCUAUGGCUUUAAUUGCGUGGCGAGUUCCCGCCCCCACAGUGGAAAUAAUGACUCAUGACACAAUUAUUAAAGUUAAUGGGCUAAAUAAGGCCACAACUUUAUUGGUUACAGGUGAUGAGCGGUAUUGGCUUAGGCAUUGGUCCUAACCGACUAUAUCCGGCUUCAGCCCGUCCGCUUGAAGUCUGGGAAGGGUGAACCACCAGUAGGGGGAGUCCUGCUGAUGCGCAUCAACCAGGAACUCCCCCGGGGUCACCGCUAGGGGGAGUGCCUUGGGCCCUCACCUCCCCAGGCUUCGGACAGGGCCACGCCCCCCGGAAUCCUUUAUCAGACUACCCUUCAGUAUGUGGGACAGGUGAUGGCACUUCCUCCCCUCUUCCAUCUACAGAACAAUACCAAUGCCUAACCACCAAUACCCAGAAAGUUGUGACGAUUUGCUAUGAGGUAAGCUAAAACCAAGUGGCUGGUGCCAAUUUGCCAAGUGGAAAAAUUCCUACCAGGCCCCUCAAUGGCGACCAACCAAGGUCCAUAGCAAGGUCAAGGAAUGAAAACCUUAUAGGGCGGGAGGGUGGAAAAAACAGGAACUGCUGGCAGGCGGGAAAGAGGGAGCUCCCCGGCCGCGUCCUGCCUUAAAUAGGGCAGACCAUGCCCCCCAGAGCCAGCCAAUUUGCUGGCUAGAGGAUGACGCGGCCAGGAAUCUCCCCAAUCUCACGGGGCUGGGCUGUGAAGCCCACAACUCCACCUCCUUCGAAGGGCGGAAGUGGCUUUGUUGGGAAACAAACCCUGCUUCCCCUCUGACCCUCCUUUCCUUCUCCAGUGAAAGGCUCAGGAGGCCCCUGCCCCGAAGACUGGUUCUCCUUUUCCCGAUUUUGCUAUAAAUACAACGAGAACCCAGAAUCUUGGAACAGAGCAGAGGUAAGGCAUGAAUCUUGGAACUUCUCCACACCAAAUCCCUAAGCCCCUGUCUUUGCUGCCCAACUUGCAUUGCAUGCCAAAACUUAUUUCUCUGAUGAUCUUUAAGCUACAAUCAAAACCACACUCUUGGAAGCCAUGAGAUCCUGCAACAGGUGAACCCCUUUUCCUUUGGUAAAAACCUUGGCCAAGCAAAUGUACCCCAGGAUCAAAGGGAGGGAGUAGUAGUCGAAUUGUGCAGUAGUAAUUGAAGAAAACAAUGGUUUGUCCAUAUGGUAAGGGCAUAUUGUCAUAUUGGCAGUGUGUUUCCCCCACAUUUUGUGAAUCUUUGCACUUUUGUCCAUUGCCUGUAUUUAUUUUCCCCGAUUCGAACUAUAAAAUGGUGGUUUUCUUGAGUCAAAAUGAGAGUACUCCUAAAUAGUUUUUUAGAAGGGGGGGAAAGCACUUCAUAUUGGUAUUCAUUAUUGAUUACACACACAGAGAGAGGGCUUUUUAUUAAGGUUUAUUUAUAUGGGACUAUGGUAGCUGCUAAGGACACGGGUGGUGCUGUGGGUUAAACCUCAGAGCCUUGGGCUUGCCGAUCAGAAGGUCGGCGGUUCAAAUCCCCGCAACGGGGUGAGCUCCCGUUGCUCGGUCCCAGCUCCUGCCAACCUAGCAGUUCGAAAGCACAUCAAAGUGCAAGUAGAGGUACCGCUCAGGCGGGAAGGUAAACGGCGUUUCCGUGCGCUGCUCUGGUUCGCCGGAAGCGGCUUAGUCAUUCUGGCCACAUGACCCGGAAGCUGUACGCCGGCUCCCUUGGCCAGUAAAGCGAGAUGAGUGCCGCAACCCCAGAGUCGGCCAUGACUGGACCUAAUGGUCAGGGGUCCCUUUACCUUUACCUAUGGUAGCUGCUAGCCAGAAAAUAUAGCGGAAGGGUUCAGGAAAUGAGAAGGGAUGUUGCUAAGUAGCAAUAAAUGACAAUAAUCCUCACCAAAACUAGCUGGUGCCACAAUUUACUUCCUUUCCCUGCUCCACUUCUCUCCCUGCUCCAUUGCUCUUUUAGGGUAAAAUGCCGGUUCAGGGGCAGGGGUGUGUAUGACCUCUCCUGUUAUCCCUCAGAAGUGAUUGUUUGUUCAGAUGCACAGAAGGAAUAAGAAGAACUUUGUGGUAUUCACGAGGCGACCGUCUGUUCGUUGGGCUAACCGACUCCUUUUCCUCGUUCUCUCUCAGGCCAAAUGCCAAGCCUACAGCCCAGGGGUGCAUCUUGCCACCAUUGCCAAUCGUGAAGAAAUGGCCGCUGUGGCCAAAGAACUAGCUAAGCGUGUUCAACGUAAGCAUCAGGUCUGGAUUGGGAUGCACAGGAUGAAAGGUGGCAAGGUGAGUAGAGGCAGCCUGCAAUUUUUGCUACUAUCCUGGGGCGGUGCGCUCAGGGGCGGGGCAAACCACCCAUAGGGACGGCACGGCGCAUGGGGGCUGCGCUGGUGGCGGCGAGCCUCCUGAGUGUGCAACAGUGGCGAGCCUCCCGGGCGUGCGCCACCGCCAGCAAGCCUCCUGGGGAGCGCUGCUGUGGCGAGCGUCCCAGGGAGAGCGGCACAGCGAUGUCACCCCCCACCCUCAGGGAUGAAACCCAGGGCAGGCCGCACCCCCACACCCCCUUCCUCCGCUAAUGGUGCUCCUGCCACUAUCCCCUCUUUGGUAUGAAUGUUAGAGGGACAGAGGUCCUGGCUUCCUUUACAUUUGGCAUCUUGUUUCAUUUUUCUGCUUUAAAACAAACAAAUUAUUUAGUUUUUCAGAUUUUACCAAUUUGCAAACGGUUAUCAAACAGCCAGCAAAGAAAGAGAGUUUCCGGAGAGUCUCCUGAACUUCCCUCCUCCCCUUUGUGGGUCCUUAUAUUAACCUUUUCCUCCUGCAUCUCGUCUAUUAAUUCAAAUCUAUGACAUCUCCAUGACACCCAAAAUUUAACAGUAAACUACAAGUGUUAUUCCAAUCCUACUAAUAAUUUUAAUUGUUUACAAUGGUUUUCAAGGUAAAUUAGAUAUUUCCCCUGCACACUCUGUCCCUUUCCCCCACCUCCCGCAAAAGCCCCCUUUUAUCCCUCCUAAAAAGAAUAAAGACACAAAAGUCUUCUUUUAAAAGUAUUAAGAAUUUUACUCACAUUCAGUUCACGGUUGGAUCCCUGAAGACAGGUUUUAGCUUAGAGCAGGCUUCCUCAACCUCGGCCCUCCAGAUGUUUUGAGACUACAGCUCCCAUCAUUCCUGACCACUGGUCCUGCUAGCUAGGGAUCAUGGGAGUUGUAGGCCAAAAACAUCUUGGAGGGCCAAGGUUGAGGAAGCCUGGCUCAGAGUUACAGAAGAGGGUUAGAGUUCAUCCUGUAUGGGAAUAAGCCCGUGUCCUGGUGGCUAAGGGCCAGCAGACAGCAAAAUACAUCAGUAUCAAGAGAACAUAGCAUCAAGAGAAGGGAGGUGGCUGUGUGACUGGCCCUUUUAUGGGGUCUUCCGGGGUCAUGCCCACCUACCUGGUCACACGCUGAGGAUGUGACACGAAGUCCUCCUGGCUGUGGAAUAACACCCUCCUGUGUGUCCACUCUGGGCAAACAGGAAGUGUUGUACUUGACUAAUAAUAAUAAUAAUAAUAAUAAUAAUAAUAAUAAUUUAUUAUUAUAUUAUUUUUAAUUUUUAUUUAUUAUUAUUGUUGUUGUUGUUGUUGUUGUUAUUUAUACCCUGCCCAUCUGGCUGGGUUUCCCCAGCCACUCUGGGAGGCUUCCAACAAAAGAUUAAAAACACAAUAAAACACCAGUCAUUAAAAAUUUCCCUAAACAGGGCUUUCUUCAGAUGUCUUCUAAAAGUCAGAUAGCUGUUUAUCUCCUUGACAUCUGAUGGGAGGGCAUUCCACAGGGCGGGCACCACCACUGAGAAGGCCCUCUACCUGGUUCCUGGUAACCUCACUUCUCACAGGUAGGGAACCACCAGAAGGCCCUCAGAGCUGGACCUCAGGGCUGAACGAUGCGGGUGGAGACGCUCCUUCAGGUAUACUGGGCCGAGGCUGUUAUGCUUAUGUUAUACCCCACACUGUCUCCAUUCCAUGUUGGUGAGACCAUUGCCCGCCUAAUAUUUUCCCCAAAACUGACUAUUGUAACUCAGCAAAUCCUUACAUACUUUGGAAGUCCAUAUGGGUUUUGUCUUGUCUUUUACUUGGGCAGAGCCAAUGAAAGAGUCUGAAUCAGGGAUGAGGAGGUAGAAUUGGAUGGUGCUGCUUUUUCAAAAAGACACUGACCCUUUUGCUAUCUCUGCAGUUCCCAAGGUGGAGGUGGGCAGAUUUUGCGUCAGCUGACUACAUGCCUUGGGCAGUUGGGGAACCGCACGCUCGGGAAAAAGAGCACUGUGUAGCGCUGCAUGCUGAAAGUAAGGAGAUUUGACCACCUUGGUGGGGUUCAGAGAACAUUUCUUCUUAAUUUCAGUCUUCCAAUUCUUCUUUCCUGCCCUCCCUAUUAAGGCAACCCUUUGCAGAUAUGCACUGUAUAGCAAGCACAAGCUUCCCCGCAUAAUUCAGAAUGUUCUUGGGUAGCUGCAUUUGAAAAUUGGGAUUUUGAAUUGCAGCAGGAGAGUCCCAUCUCAGAGCCAGCCAGCUGACAAAAAGAGGUGUGGCAACCCUAAGUCUUCAGGGCAGAGUAGGACUGGUUGUAUAGUCCACAAAACAGAUUAACAGUCACACAGGGCUUGUCAGGCUGGAUCUAGACACGUCGAAGAAGCAUUUCAGUUUAAAGCAUAAAUUUAAACAGGGAAAGCAGGUAGAGACAAACAGGACUCCACAUCGCAAUCUGAUGGCAGGGUGUUAUAUUGCACAUACAACACAUAUAAAUCACUUUUUUUUUACCAGUCUAGCUGAGUCCUCAGUUGCAAGAAGAGCUUUAUUUGAACCAGGACACAGUCUCAGAACCUGUCUGCCAUAUGAGAAAUCCUACUUACUCAUAUCUGGCACCAGUGAGGACUUCCUUUUCCCAUGCUUGUAAGGUAAAGGACCCCUGGAUGAUGAAGUCCAGUCAAACAUGACUAUGGGGUUGUGGCGCUCAUCUCGCUUUACUGGCCAAGGGAGCUGGCGUUUGUCCACAGACAGUUUUCUGGGUCAUGUGGCCAGCAUGACUAAGCCGCUUCUGGUGCAACAGAACACCGAAACCAGAGCAGCGCAUGGAAACACUGUUUACCUUCCUGCCCGAGUGGUACCUAUUUAUCUACUUACACUUUGACGAGCUUUCGAACUGCUAGGUUGGCAGGAGCUGGAACAGAGCAACGGGAGCUCACCCCAUCGCGGGGAUUCGAACCGCUGACCUUCUGAUCAGCAAGGCCAAGAGGCUCAGUGGUUUAGACCACAGCGCCACCCGCUUUGAAAUGAAGCUUUGUGUGUGCAGCACACCUUUUCUCUUUGGCAAACUUUGCUGUAUUACUAAUAUUGCAGAGAUCCCAAAUUCUGAUAUAGCAGGGGUGGCCAACUCCCAAGAAACUGUGAUCUACUCAGAGAGUUACAGACUGCCAGUGAUCUACCCCAUUUGGGGGGGGGGGUUUCAGAGGUUCAGGUCAUCGAAGUUGGGGGUACAGAGCUAAAAUGUUGAACCAAAGUAGGGGAUCCAAAGUUGUUGAGCUUCUUUGUGGGGAGCCUGUGAUCUACCACAGGUGUCCUGUGAUCUACUGGUAGAUCACAAUCUACCCAUUGGAUGUGCCUGUGAUAUAGUAUGUAUACCAGAUUGAUUGCCAUUAUUGAUUUUAGAUUGAAAAUCAAAGGGAUCAGAUAUUAGAUUUCCCCCCGCCCCCAUCAUUUGGCAAAUGCACCACCAAUGGUUUUUUGUUUUGUUUGUUUAUUUGUUUGUUUUUAAGAAAAGCUGUUGCCAAGAGCAGAGCUCAUCCUUCAGAGUUUUCUCUGCCCUGUGCUCUGGGUGGCAUAUAUCAAUUUUCAGUUCAAGAAUAAAGGGGAGUCUUCAUCAGUCCCUGUCAUCUGGCACAGCUGAUCUUGCCCAUAGUCCUCUCCUCCAGCAGAGCCGAAAUUAGAGGUACAAGCAGGGCAAUUAAAUGCUCGAUACUUCAAUAGUACAUGCACCCACCCACACCCAGAUUUUAAUGCACCUCUAAAAGGGAUGUGGGUGGCACUGUGGGUUAAACCGCAGGGCCUAGGACUUGCCGAUCAGAAGGUCGGUGGUUGGAAUCCCCGCAACAGAGUGAGCGCCCGUUGCUCGGUCCCUGCUCCUGCCAACCUAGCAGCUCAAAAGCAUGUCAAAGUGCAAGUAGAUAAAUAGGUCCCGCUCCAGUGGGAAGGUAAACGGUGUUUCCAUGCGCUGCUCUGGUUUGCCAGAAGAGGCUUAGUCAUGCUGGCCACAUGACCCGGAAGCUGUAUGCCGGCUCCCUCAGCCAGUAAAGCGAGAUGAGCGCCGCAACCCCAGAGUCAGUCACAACUGGCCCUAAUGGUCAGGGGUCCCUUUACCUUUUUAAAAGACUAAAAAAGAAAAAAGAAACCUGCAAUGUUUAAAGAAUUUGGAAAGUUCCUUUUUAAAGGUGUUUCUUGAAAACGCUAUGUGCUCUCAUGUGUGAACCACAUGAUACCAUCUGUAUCACUUUACCAGCUGUGAUAAAUAGCACUGUUUCAGUAGGGAAAACCUGGUGACAUUUCUUUCUGAUUUCUUCCAGACCUUGCUCUAUGGAAUGAUAAUAAGUGUGAGGAAAAGUUUCCCUUUCUGUGCCGAUUUCCAUUGUACUGAGUGCAGCAGUUUGCCAUGGCUUUCCAAACAGCUUCCAUGA